GGAUUCACCAUUUGCCUUUUCAAAGUGCGACGGUUAACGUGAAAUCUUUCUUUUCCAUAAUUUUUCACGACUGAAAUUCGCGCAUGAAUGCCGAUAACUGAAUGGCGGAUGCGAAUUUGUUUCGUCCGCGUUACGUGUGUAACGUUUUGAAAACUUAUAUAUAUUUUCCCGGCGAAUAAAUCGAAACUUUGUGUAUCAAAUAUCUUCCGCUGCACACGUCGUGUCCUAUUCCGAUAAACGAGCGCGAUGCUUCGUCGUGUCGUUGAAAAUAUGCGCGGAUACACGCCCAGAUACGUCAACGGAAGGAAGAAACACGACUCGAAGAAAAGUCAAGCGUCAUUCGGCGAAGUCGCUUACGAGAUGGAAUAUUAUUACAAACAGGAUAAGAAAUUACUGAAAGUCAUGAAGCAAAAAAUCGAGGACGAGGUGAGACAUUUGCGGCACGAGGUCCAAAUGAUGCGGAACAAAAUCGACGAGUACAAUCACAAUAUAAACGAGAAUCUACGCUUCUUAAAAAGCCUGGAAAGCGACCAGCCUUUCGCCGGGGACAAGAAAGAUUAAUCGGGAUUGUGUGCUUUUGUCUUUAUUGUCUACGUGACGUAUACACGGUCUUUCCUCAUGUAGACAAUGUAAACACAUUACGCAGAAUAUUGUAAAUUAUAUUAAAAUACACAAGAGAAUAAUUAAAUUUGGAGACAGUUACCAUACCUAUUUUGGGUAAUCAUUAUUAAUAUAAUGUUUCCAAAAAGAUAAGUUGCAUGUGCAAUUUAAUUUCGUUAUAUGAUAGAUUAAUUGAUUUAAUUUUGAAAGCGUACUUAGAGAAUGAAAUUGUAAUUAAAAAAUGUAAUUAAGAAUAGCUUUGUAAACUCUAACCUGUUUAAGAAAUAACGUUUAUGUAUUUAUAUCAGAGGAUUCUGCAAGUUCGAUAAAAAUACAAAUCUGUUGAAAUGAAACUUUGGGUAAGCCCCAUUUGGUCUUUAAAUAAUAUUCAUAAAUUACUCAUUGUCUACAUAGGUGAUAUUUCGUACAUGAUUGAUAUUGUGAACACGUCGACGUACAUGGAGAAAAUGUUUAAGUAAAAAUUACAACAAAAUUUUGUAAUCUUGGACUAUAUAGAAAUUAUAAUCGGAAUCACUAUAUAUUUGUUUU